AUGAUAGCUCUUCUCAUGCUUUAUGCUUGGCUUUUAAUGCUGUCCCAUAAUCUUGGAGUACAAAUUUGGAGAUUUGUAGCUGUUGCUUCUUCAAUUACUAAGUUUCAGCUUGAUAUAAAUACCCUAGCUAAUAUCAGUAACAACUAUGCCUUAAUGGCCAACACUAGUAGCCCCAAGCAUAAAGCGUUUUUCCAAAAGUCAUUGGAUGACCAAAAUUCUUCAUUGCCGGAUGAUGGAGGCAAAACCAGUUAG